AUGAAAUUAAAAAUAAAAUUUUCCAUUAUUUCACUUUUUAUUUUAAAAUUGGUAAUUUCAAAACCAAUUUUAAAAUUUAAUAAUAAUAAUCAAUUUAAAAUUAUUCAAUUUACAGAUUUACACUAUGGAAGUGAACCAGUUGAUGAUAUUGAUACUAUUUUCUCUCAAGUAAAUAUAUUGGAUUAUGAGAAACCAGAUUUAGUAAUUUUAAGUGGUGAUAUGGUUACAGGAUAUGAAGAACAAUUUGAAGAUGAUGAUAGAAAUUAUUGGAAGUAUUGGAAUGUAUUCACAAGGCCAUUUGUAGAAAGAAAUAUUCCAUGGGCAAUUACAUUUGGUAAUCAUGAUGGUGAAGGUGCACUUAGUACAAAUGAAAUUUUGAAAAUUGACCAAACUUUUAAUUUAAGUCUUUCUCAAUCAAAUCCGGUGGAAAUGCAUGGGAUUGCAAAUUAUGUAUUAAAAAUUUCAAGUUCGAAUAGUUUAAAAAGUGAACCGGCUUCAUUGGUAUACAUUUUCGAUAGUUCCACCAAAGGUUGCUCAAAAUUAGAUUGGGGUUGUGUUCAUCAAGAUCAAGUGGAUUGGUUUAAAAAUACUUCAAAAAGUUUUAACAAAACUGAUUCAAUAGCAUUUGUUCAUAUUCCUCCAGUUGAGAUUAUUGACUUAUGGAAUAAUUAUCCAGUUUAUGGAAAUUAUUCAGAAACUUCUUGUUGCUUUGAUAAUGAUUAUGGUGACUUUGUCUCGAGCCUUGUUGAAUCAGGAGAUGUUCACGGUUUAUAUUUUGGUCAUGAUCAUGAAAAUGAUUUCCAUGGAGAUUAUAAAGGUGUUGAUUUAGGAUAUGGCAGAAAAUCAGGUGCUGGUUCAUAUAGUUCUAAAAAGCCAUUAGGUGCAAGAGUAUUCCAAUUAACCGAAUCACCUUUUACUCUUUCAACAUGGAUAAGAGAAGAAGAUGGUAAUAUUGUAUCCCAAGUAAUUCAUCCACCAUCAGAAUUCGAUCGAAAACCACUUCAAUGUAAAAUGAAAGAUAAGUAUAGUAAAAAAGAAUUAAUAGCAAUUAAAGUUAUUGGAGGUUUUUUAAUUUUCUUAGGAAUAGUAGUUGUUGGUUUAAUUGGAUUUUUUGGGUUUAAACAUUAUAAAAAAUUCAAAAAGCAAACAUUAGAAAUGCAAAAUCUUGUUUAA